GUCGACCAGACAAAUAUUUAUUGAUUGAUAUCCAGCAAAAAUAUUCAGGAUUUAUAUUGGAACGAUGAACAACUUACAGGAGAUGAGUGCUCCCAGUAAAGUUGAGGAUUUAGUUGAAGAGUUGCUAAUUGACAUUAAGGACUUGGAGCCUGAACCUGCUUUUGUUCAGUGCUGCAUUUACAGGGUUCCUAAAAAGAUUCGUUCUACAAAUGAAAAAUUCUACACUCCUCAGUUAAUUUCAAUAGGUCCUUUUCACUAUGGUGACAAAAAAUUAGCUGACAUGGAAGAGAAAAAAAAGAGGUAUAUGAAACAAUUUCUCCAAAGAAUAACAAGCGACAAUCGGGAUAAAAUUUUAACCUUCAUCAAAGACAACGAACAUAGAAUUCGUAAUUGUUAUGCAGAGAUAUUUACCCUUGAAAGUCAUAAGUUUGUAAUGAUGAUUAUGUAUGAUGCUAUAUUUAUCAUAGAACUCUUUGUGAGGAAUAAAUCCCGUCGUAAUAGAGCAAGUGAUUCAUUGCUAGCUACAGCAGCAGGGAGACAUACUUUAUGCAAAGACUUGGAAUUACUUGAAAAUCAACUUCCAUUCUUCGUUCUCGAGGAAAUAUAUAUGUUAGCUAAUUUGUCUGGCCCUCAGACACCUACUUUCAUGGAGCUUUCUUGUUCUUUCUUCAGCUUUUUUACAAACUUGAAAUUGGCUACGUUACCCGGCAAGGUAGAAAUCAAACAUUUCUGCACUUGGAGAAGAAUUACUCUACUGAAAGGCUACCCAAAUUCUGUAUUGGAAUCAAAGGGCUGGAUUAAAGAUUUACCUUCUGCCGUGAAGUUGCAUGAGUCAGGAGUGCAUUUUAAGCGUGUUGAUAGAGAAUGCUUACUUGACAUAAAAUUUGCAACCGUGAAGCGGCUAAUUCCAUUCUUUAGAAAACAUGAGUUGCAAAUACCACGUUUGGAAUUAUACGACAACACCGAAUUCCAACUUAGAAAUAUUAUGGCUUUGGAGCAGUGUUGUUACACGUGGGAUUCUCCAGUUUGCAAUUACAUUAAAAUAAUGGAUUCUCUUAUCAAUACUGAGAAAGAUGUUGAUUUGCUUGUUGCAAAGGGGAUUAUUUCAAGUCAAUUGGGGAACCACGCUUCAGUAGUACAUAUGUUCUACAAACUUAACAAAAAUAUCCAUUUAAGUUUAUCCUCUUCCUAUAAAUGUUGCGAGGAUUUGAAAGCCCACUACAACAAUCGCUGGAACAGAAGGAAGGCAACUUUGAGAAGUGUUUAUUUCAGCAGUCCAUGGAGAGGUGCAGGAAGUCUUGCAGCAAUUGUACUCCUACUGUUCACUGUCAUACAAACUGUAUGUUCUAUCAUGCAGGUCUGAUUUUGAUUAGAACUCGUAUUAGUUUUUAGUUUGAAGCUUGUUAUGUUACUAUUAUAUAUGUUGCAAUAUAUUUCUUGCCGGCUCUGUGUAA